AUGGAGUUUGUGUACACGAUACAAGUUCUCUACGUGGUCCUGAUAGCACUAGUGUUUUGGUCUGGGCUCGAGUCAAGUGCAGUUAGAGAUGUUGCGCGAGACUCACACAAAGUGUUAGCCUCAAGUGAGUGCAGCGGCGUUUGCAACAGGACAUGUCCCGGAAGGACUGCACUUCCUUCAGUCACCGAUCUGCUCGAUGAAAGUAAUUGCUCGUCUGAUCCAGAAAACUUGCCAGCUCUUGCUAAUGGUGGAAAUAAAGCAGUGAAAUUUGUUGAAGGAGAUUGUACUUAUGUUGAUACGCCUCAUGUCACAUGGAAUCAAGGAUAUUUUACCGUCUCUCUUUGGGUUAAAGCUAGUUGUUCCGAGCCAUGCCAAAUUUUGUCGUUCGGAAACAGUACUCUAUUGAGUUACAACGGCACCUCUUUGACUUUAUCCGGCACCUCCAUUACUGCAAAUCUAACCACAUGGAAGUGGAUUUCUAUAAGGUUCAAUGGCGAGAUAAAUAUAUUUGUUUCAAACAUACGUUCUGGAUCACGCGUCAGCGGGAAAUUCUCUACAGCCGAAUCAGUUAACCUAAGAAUUGGUCCAAUGAGAAAUCUAUCGGACGAUACAAUGGAGGUGGCAGACGCCCAAUGGUUUGCUGAUUCCCUAACAAACAGAGAACUUCAGCAAUUGAGCAGCGGCGCCUCAACUCUGGAAGUUUUGGAGUUCGAAUCAAACUGCAGAUGCCCUGGAGAUUUCCCAGUUCUUGAUUCCUCUACAAAGCCAUAUAAAGGCCUGAAAUGUCUAAGCAACAAUGGAAGCGCCUCACUGUCAAGGCUGAACAAGAACGGUGGUUACGCUGUUUUCCUGGUUGAUGGUGACAUGGAUACUAGCUGGGUAUCGGGGAAUGUGACAAAGGCCAUGUUAAAGCUAGAGCUGAAGACACUGUAUACGUAUCAGAUCGAAAAUGUUACUUUCCUUGGAAUGACACAAAAUAUAAAGACAAUUCAGGUGGAUCUCUACCGAGAAGGUUCAAAACGGUUUAGCAAGUCUUGCUCACCAGAAAUGAGUUCAAACUGCAGUUAUGAGGGCUCGUAUGGGUUAUCGUUCAAAUUAGAAGAUGAUGCUGCAGGUAUAACCCGGACAAAGAACGAGAAUUUGCGUGCAGAUAAACUAGUGAUAACUUUGAGCGUAGAUAGUCCCGUCGUUUUCCGCAUUGCUGAACUAGACUUCUCCUGUCAAUGCAAGCAGAACGUUCAGGGUCGACACUGCGGUGAAUGCAAGGACACAUUUUAUAAUCUCACAUCUGGUUGUGAAAUCAGUUGUAAUUGUGAUCCAUUUGGAUCCGCAAAUAAAAGUAAAGUGUGUGAAAUGACUUCCGGUCAAUGCCCGUAUGCUGGGAAAUAUAAAAGUGGAAACAGAAAAUGCGAGCCCCAGGUGACAAGCGCGGAACCAAUGUAUGGACCAGAGGCUGGAGGUACCCUUGUGACGGUGCGUGGAGAACUAUUGACUGCAGAACAUGUAAAGACGAGAGUCGAGAUAGGGUCGGUGGUACAGACGUUGGUGUCGAGUAAUGUGAGCACGCUGAUAUUCCGAACGAUUCCGAGCAUUAUAAAGGCUAAACCCGAGAACAUGUUAGUGAUCUGGACGUUAAGUGACGAUUCUAAGACUGGUCAUUGUAAAAUCGCAUUGAAGUUUGAAUUCAAGGCAAAUCCUAUCUUAAACGCAACAAAGUCUUUUACUUAUGCAAGUGGUGGCUGUAAGUUACGUAUACCUGGUACAAAUAUAGACAGUGUCGCCCAUCCACGUUUUUUCGUGAAGACUGCAUCUGGGGAGACCACUGAAGGGAAAUGUUGCUCGGAUGCAAUGCUUACCGAUUGUUCGGCUGAUAGUUUGAGCUGCAAGACCCCCGAUUUGAACGCCUAUUUGACAGCAAAAGAGAAAAGUGAGGGCGUAUUUCUAGAAUAUGGCGUUGCAAUGGAUGUUCCACAGGGUUUUGUUGCCGAUUUGAAGGUCGUAGAUGAUCCGUCCCUUCAUAUUUUAAGCGAAAAGGACAUUUACAAAAGUGUGUUUAGUGGCGGCAAAUACAAAAUUGUUGGCUCCAAUCUGAAUACUGCUUGUCGUGAUGAGGGUGACGUCGAGGUGUUACUUGGAAAUAAAUCUUGCACGUUAGUGGAACGGACGGAUAACUACCUAGCUUGUAGUUUGGAGAUGUUCCAUUGGAUUUAUAGAGAAGUCAAUGUAACGGUGCGUAUUGGAAACAAGGUCUACCAUUAUGGCAGGCUUGAAUUCUUACCCUUCUGGCAAACCACUGAAUUUUAUGGCAUUGCUGCGGGUGCUGGUGUUUUUGUUAUCAUUGUAAUCGUUAUUGUGAUAGUUUACUGCUGCCGACGACGAGGACCACGACGGGGCUUUAACAAACAAGCUUAUAUUCCAGAAUCAUUGAACGUCAAUGCAGAACAGUUUGGUGGAAAUAUCUACACUCCAGGCCAAAAACUGCCUAUGCAAGAGAUAUCCAAUCCUACGCCUGGACAAUCCUCUCCGAGCACCACUGUUUCAGCGAGUGAUGAGUUUUUCAGCCGCAUGAGUGAAGAUGAUCGAACGGAUAUCGAAGCCUCACUAGUCCUUAGCGAAAACGUAGAGAUCGGGAAGACGUGUACUCGUAAAGGUAAACGGUACUGCCGGGUGGUCCUUGGUCAGUUUUCAUCUUCAGUGUCCAUAAGCAACUCCGGGUCCAACCUCACAAUGAAGAUGCUGAGAGACAGAAUUCCAGAAGGACAGAAUAUUCCGGAUUGGCUGAUACGAGAACUGAAGGAAUGCAUACGAUUCCGAGACAGUAUCAACGAGAAUAUUCUGAAGAUGAUUGGCAUUGCAGUUGAUGCCAAGUCAGUGUACAUCCUAUACCAUGAGAUGGAAAAUAGAACUAUGAAAGAGUAUUACAUCAAAGAAUCAUUGGCGAACAGAGAUGUGCCAGCGGAUAUUUCGAUGAACUUUUGCGUCCAAAUCGCCGAAGGAAUGAAUUUCCUCAGUACGAAAGACCUGACACACAAGGAUCUUGCAUGCAGGAAUUGCUGGGUGACUGGUGACAUGGUCGUCAAGAUCGCUGACAGCUCCUUCAGCGCGGACUUGUUCCCUGAGGAGUAUAUGGCACAGGGAGACACGUAUAUUCCCGUUCGAUGGAUGGCGCCGCACUCGCUGUUACAGGCAUUCUUCUCUUCCCAGACUGACGUGUGGUCAUACGGAGUGCUGGUGUGGGAGAUUUUCACUGACUGUGGUUACCUCCCCUUCUACGAUAUAAAAGAUAAUGCAGAAGUAUUGGAAUGCGUGUGUCAUCACAACUUAAAACUCGUGCGUCCACCGAAAUGCCCGGAUUUCAUAUCGGAUGUGAUGGAAAGGUGCUUUGAGACAAACGAAGACGACAGACCAUCAUUUAGCACAAUAAUUAACGCUCUAACGCCCGGCGGAGGUAACAUACCAGAUCUUGAAGGCUACGCAAAUCAGAGCAAAUGGAUGACUGAGCGGCAACCGAACAUUUAGCGCAAUCGUCAACGUUUUAAAGCUGCACUCUCACAGAUUAACCAUUUGAACAACUUUUGUUUUGUCUUGGAAAAGCAUUUUUUUGCGUAACGUUCGAAAAUUAAAAUCUGUGAGAGUGCAGCUUUAAGGCCGGUGGAUUUAACGUGCCAGAAAUAUAACAACGCACAAAGGGGCUAUGUGGACAAAGAGGCUUUGGAUAAAGAAGACGGGUUUGAAGACAAUCGUAAUCAGAGCCAGUGGGUGACUUAGCAUCAGACAUACACGUAAAUAGACGAUAUGGACGAGUUUUUUUAUGGAGUUUUUAAAUAUUGUGAGUGUAUAUAUAUAUACUUAAAUAUUACUUUCUUUUACUAACAAAGAAGUAUCUGCCAUUUCUGUUGAAGGGGUGGCAAAAACAUUCGUGUCUGGAUGAAGUGAGGUUAAUAAAGAUAAUCAUUUUCAUACUUCUCGAUACUUGAAUUAUAUAUAUAUGCAAAUGCUUCUCGUGAAGUAACUCUACCUGAAACAAAAUAAGUACGCUUUUAAAAGUACGCAAAGCCAUGAUUGCUUAAAUCUAUAAGUAUUUAUUAAAUAUAACUUUUCACUUCGACACAUGCUUUCAGUCUGUUUUGUUACUAGACUGAAUAUUUACACAAAGUUUUCAUGCAAAAUGAUUCUCUAAAGU